CAGCAUUAAAAAGAUGGGCCAUCAGCAGCCAAACAGCAUUCUGUCUGUGGCGGAUGCUCGAGUCGUCUUCUUGUCCGGUACUCCUCGUUUUCUUCCCCUACUUCCAUAAUAGAGCGACGCCGUGUUUAUUACGCGUGUUUUCUUUCCGUGCUGCCCCCGAAUCGCAUCGUUUUAUUUCAUUUCGAGCUCAAAGCCAGUCAUAAUUAUUAAGUUCAGGCGGGCACGCUCCCAAAGCGACCUGAUGUUAAACAAAUAUAAGAACCACAUUUGUGUCAUCUCUGCGGCAAAAUAAACACAAAUGAACCCGCGUCCGAAAGAGCGCCGGCUCCGCGAUGGAGCAGAAUAAAGGGCGGAGACUGGCGGAGACGCGUCGCGUGUGGGGGCCGAGCGCAGAGCGCGCGCAGCUGCAGACCGGCGAGCGCAACUUAGCGGGGAAGAAGCUCCGUGUGGCCGCACCUGCAGCCGCAGCUCACAGUGGCGCACUCGCCACAGCAGUCGUUUUGCCGACGUGCGUGCGCGCACCUCCAGAACUCAUUUGCUUCGCUUCUGAUUUUCAGUGCUGUGAUUUUUUUUGGGGACAAAACAGAAGAUCAGCUGUAACUGAACCACUUCACAUUUAAGAGCUCGGGCAUGCAGAAAUGCUACAAGACCGAGCGUGACAAUCAAGUGGAAUUAAACAGUCUUAAACUUUUAAUCAUCUUUUCCGGUUUACCCUAGAAGGGACCGCUCUUUGAAAAUACAGAAUAAAACAAUAACUAAUUAGAGGAGAUUUACUUUGGAAAUUCGACAUAUGAGGAGAUAUGGACGGUGAUGAACUUUUGUUUUUGUUUUUCAAAUGCAACGUUAUCUGACGCGUUUCAACGGUUAGGCUUUGAACACUUCGCCUGUAAUAUUGCAACAUUCUGUAAUAGCAGCUCUCUAAAAGAACGGACACCUCCAUGCCAGGGAAUGGGAAACAUGGUUCAGUAAAGGAGGGCACUUUUUGCUUUGGUAGCCUUUGACACGCAGGACAGAAGCGCGUGAAAGAAACGAAAGCGCUGAGCUGUGGCAGAUUCAGAUCCAGCGGAUACCUGUUUAAUUACAAUGAAAAACAAGGCACACUGCUCUUGGGGAACUUUUACCUUAUCCUGUCGACAUUUCGGCAUUGGCAUUUGGAUUUAAUACUAUCCUAUUGGUAUCCGAUUUAUUUACAUUGUUUCCAGGAUUCGACUCUUCAUACCUGAAUAUAUCCGCUAUGGGGAUAAAAUGGAAAGUUAUUCUAGGAAUAUUUCAUUUCAUCCUGGUCACCUUACUCCCUGCCUCCUUUGCUAAGCUGGCUCACUGGCACUCAGAUGAAUCACACAAAACCAGGGAAGUGUUGAAAUGGAUGGAUGCCUAUAAGCGUACCUUCUGCCAGCCUCGGGAGGUUCUUGUUGAUGUCUCUACAGAGUUCCCAAAUGAAGUGGAGUACCUAUUUCUUCCAGCUUGUGUUCCUCUCCAUCGGUGUGGGGGAUGCUGUUCAGAUGAAGCAAUGGAGUGUGUACCCCUGCAGUCCCACUCCCUCCUUGUAGAGCUCAUGAAAACCAACUAUGAAAAGAGAGAAAUGGUGGAACUGCCUUUUACAGAACACAGCGAGUGUGAGUGCAGGCCAAAAAAAGAAGCUCAUAUAAAACAACAAAGACAGUGCAGGCCAUGUUCAGAGAGACGGAAGGUUUUAAAUCCUGUGACAUGCAAGUGUUCCUGUCGACCCAUGCACCGUCGCUGCCGAGCUAAAGGACAAGUGCUGAAUGAGAAUACCUGCAGGUGUGAGCCAUUGCGCCGAUGAAUAAUCAAGGCUUUCGGCACAUGCAUAUGUCAAAUGAAAUAAUGAAUUAAAAUCAACGAAGUAUCAUGAUGAAAAAUCUGCAGCGAAGCAACAGAAUCUUUCUGUGGGACAGCUAGGACAGCACUUUGCAACACCAUAGUCCCCUGCUUUGAGGAUAAAAGGACCGAUGCUACUGAAUAACACAGAUAGGACACCCUACAUACCACCCUGUUUUUAAUGUAGAAACCUGUGAACUGAAGAUUUGCUAGCUUCAUUUAUAGCUUGUAUUUCUUCCAUAUAAUAUGACAAACUGCAAAUAACAUCUGGCUGGUGUUGCUGAUUGAACUGUUUGGACACAAGAGCAAGAUUAGGCCAGAAAACAUAACCUUGGUCUCUGUUGAUCAUCCAUCCAUUUACAGUGUUAUACAUCUGGUGCUUGGGAGAUGGACCACACUGUCAGCUUUUUCAUGGCUAUACUGUAACUCUACCAUGGACAAAGGAUUUGCAUUACUAAAACCUUGGGCAGAUUCUACUAGUAGGCCUUAUGGCUAGUUAGGCAAGAUACCUGCUCCUGAGGAAUAUAAUCCUAUUUCACUGAAGCUGGCUAAACUGUGGUCCUGUCCUCAUUAAAAGCCAUUUUGGUUUACUCUGCUAGGUCUAUGCAGAGCACUUGAGUAUGUUCAGGUUCCAACUUUCCCAAAGCUACUUUUACAAGAAGGAAGUAUUAAAGUGUGAGAAGACAGAAAGAAAUCAGCAUAACUGCUAGAAAAACAUUUUGGGUUAUCAUGCGGGGGAAAAACAAAACCAGUGUAUAAACAGAUGAAUAGCCUUGUGCAAGCUGAUUUCUGACAUUACUGCAUGCGUUAGGCUCAAUGAUGUGGUAGCACCAAAAGCUUCUUGUUGUUAGAAAUAAAACAUGCUUCACUUGGAGAAGAAGGUUAGUGACAUGCUAGAAAGAAGCAAGCAAGCAAAUUUUUGAUUUGCUGAGUGGCAAAGCUGACAGGCAGACAAAGUAGCAGCUGCUGCCUAAAAGCCUAAUUAGAAAAGUCACCGACUUUCACAUUAUUGAAAAUCUCAGUUAUCCUACGACUUUAGUGAAGUGUUUAUUAAUAUCUUGAAUAGGAAAAAAGGGGAUAAACUGCCUUGCUAAUUCUGUAGUAUUAUACUGUAAACUGCAGGACUGCUUCACGUUUAGCCUGUUAAAACCAUCUGUACAACUAUAUUAGUUUGCUCAAGUGUAUAUUCUAUUCUGUAAACAGUAAUUCCAGGGUUUUUAUUGUAUUUUAUUUAUACAGAGUGCAUGUAGAGUAUUGUGUAUAAUUUAAGUGUUUUUGACUUCCUGUAUCUUGUUAAGUAUCUGCUUUGGAAAAUGCAUAAUAAUAUAUUAUCUGUUUUAUUCAUUCAUGUGGUGUAUUAGACUGUCAGUACUUUGGUCAUAGGUAGUUCUCUCUUUAGUCAAUACUGUAUCUGAACACUGGCAGAGCUAUUCAGACUGCCAUUUUUUUUCCAAAUGCAAGUGGUGUGCCUUUCUUUAAAGUUUUCUUUUUCCUCUAUGGCACAUACAAUAGGCUGCUUUAGAGAAAGGUUAGGGAUGAAGCAAGUUUGAUUGAAUCUCAAGAUGUUUUAUAAAAUCAGUUAUAGAAUAGAGAAACUAGUACUGUAUCCUUAUUUACAUAAACCAGAGCAGUCUGAGAGUGGUUCAUCACCAAAUUAAAUGGCUUUUGAAUCUUGAAAUACGUAUCCCUGGAGCCCUGCCCCUAGACAUUUUUCAAGUUUACAUCCAUUAUGCCCAUCUGCCCACCAAUCAAUUUUCUAAACAGUUAAUCCAAGGUAAUUGUAGGCCACAGCAUUGUGUGCACAGCAGGAACAUACUCUCUCUCUGUCACACACACACACCCCCAGAGUACUCAGAGAAAAAUACAAAUAAACAUGGGGAAAACAUGCAAACUCCACACAAGUAGUACCAAUGCCAAAAUAUCAAUUACAAGGUGAGGAGCCAUUAGGAAACAACACCAACCACUGUGCCAUAAUACCAUCAUGUUGCCAGCAAUCACUGCAUCAGCAGGAAACGGUGGCAAAUUACCUCUUCUGGAAUGGAACACAAUCCACAGUAGUGAACAUUCCUCUGUAAACCAAAGAACCUCAGGCUUACUAAAAUAAUUAGUUACAAGAGACAAAAGGUGUUUGCCUCAUGACUUUCAUUCUAUAAUGCUUUUCUCUGACAACACUGGCAAAAAUCAUUUACUCCAGAACAGCUGACAAAGGGUAUAACCCAUUUUCAUAGGCUACAGACAGUCCUAUGCAGUGUACCAUUGAUUUUAUAGGGGGCACCAGUACCCCAGUACAGACAUCUCAUGAGGCACUUCAAGAUAGCAUUCCUGGUAUCCACAGUUCUCUACCCUUGAAGACUUACUUUUACAGCCCAGCCUGUUUUAAUCAUGCUAAGUGAGCAUUUUGAUGAUAAAAACAAUAGGUUAAUAAAGUGUUACUACUUUCCGAGCAACAUAAUAUACUGUAAGAGAGUUGAGCAAUCCUGUUGCGCAUUAAUAUUAUAGUGAUUUUGCCACCGUACACAGAUAAACAGUAACAGGAACUUCCUGCCCAAAAGAGACAUUCCUUUAGCUCCGUAUUCUAGGUCAUUCACUUUUCUGCCAAAAAGGCCAUGAAUGUUUACCCAGAUUGAAAGUACAAUAUUUUGAAAACUACUGUACUUACACAAUAUAAAAAGAUAUUUUGGCAUAUACUCAAAAUGUAAUUAAAGAUGAAUAAGUGUUUCCUAUAUAUAUAUAUUUCUUCAUGUCAGAGCUGUAUUGAGUAAACUGUUUUGUAGCAACUGAGUUGAAUUUGUAGAGACUUGAUGUGCAAAUUAAGGCACUGCCUUUAAAAAGACCAGAAUUAUGAGAAGUACAUUAAAGAGUGGACUAAGAACAAAGUAAAUAGGAAUUCCAUUAAUGUGAGGCCAUGAACGUCAGGUAGAUACUUCAAGAAUACUCAUACCCAUCUUUUAGUUAGCAACAAGAAUGUCAAGAUUAGAAAAUACGAAAAUUCCAAGUGAGAUAACCCAGAAAAAAAAACAAAAACAUUUCAAGCUCUUUUGAAAUAUUAACCUAGCCUCUCAGUGAUAAUAAUGUGGGAUCACUGUUUAACUUCAAGCUAAGACAUAAUGUGAUUGCUAACCCACUUGCUGAGCAACUGUAGCAUUCAGAUUCAUCCAAUUCCCAAAACUGUUUUUUUUCCAUGAUAGGGUCUUUGGGGCCUGAAGUGUAUCUUAGCAGCACUUGAACCAAUCCUG